ACAAACAAGCCUCCCGGUCUAUCUCUAUCUGUUGCAUUCUCAUUCUCACACAUUACAACGCAUCCGAUUACGUUUCCAACCCCACAUCUCUCUCCAAUCUUUGUUCAUUCUUUCCAUACAUACUUUUCAAUUCUUCUAGAAUCUAUCAAUCAAUUGUAUCAAUAUUUAACUACACAUCAUAUUGUUUAUCUGUAAUUUUGGUUUCUGUUCCAGAUCCAACCAUGGAUUUCAUGAAAGUUAUCGAUCAAACAGUCCGCGAAAUAAAGAGGGAGGUGAAUUUGAAAGUCUUGAAAAUUCCUGAGAUCGAACAAAAGGUCUUGGAUGCAACAGAUGAUGAACCUUGGGGUCCUCAUGGUACUGCAUUGGCAGAGAUAGCACAGGCCACAAAAAAAUUCUCUGAAUGUCAGAUGGUGAUGAAUGUUCUCUGGACAAGAUUAAGUGAAACUGGAAAGAAUUGGCGCUAUGUCUACAAGGCAUUGACUGUUGUAGAGUAUUUGGUGGCCAAUGGAUCUGAACGUGCGGUUGAUGAAAUAAUAGAACACACUUAUCAAAUCUCGUCUCUAGUGAGCUUUGAGUAUCUUGAGCCAAGUAGGAAGGAUAUGGGGAUCAAUGUGAGGAAGAAGGCUGAAAAAAUUGUCUCUCUUUUGAAUGAUAAAGAUAAAAUACAAGAAGUUAGAAAUAAAGCUGCUGCAAACCGGGAUAAGUUCUUUGGACUUUCAUCCUCUGGAAUAACAUACAAGUCAGGUUCAUCCUCAUUUAGUGGCAGCAACUUUCAGAGUAGUGAUCGGUAUGGAGGUUUUAGUAGUAAAAGAGAGAGCGAUGAAUAUAAAGGAAAUUAUAAGGACAAGGAUCGAUUUGGUGAAAAAAAGUUUGACCAGAGUACUUCUACCAAGCCAAAUCGAGGGGUUACCAAUGAGAAUCAAGGAAGCACCCCAAAGAAGGGGUCUACACGCCAUGGCAGCAAGAGACAAGAUACUUCAGCAUCUGGUGGAUCAAGGUCAGCAACAGUUAUUAAUGACUCUGAUAAGCAUUCUUCAGUUCCCACACAAAGCUCUAGUGCACCUUCAAAUAAUUAUGAUGAUGACUUUGAUGAUUUUGAUCCGCGAGGAAUAUCCAGUGCGAAAUCUGCUGCUGGGGACUCUAACCAAGUGGAUCUGUUUGGGCAAAGUUUGGCUGGUGACCUCAUUAAUGCUCCAGCAUCUGUUCCCAAAGAAAUGUGUACUGUGAAUGGCAAUUCUUCAGAGGUUGAUCUGUUUGCCGAUGCAGCUUUUGUAUCAGCACCACCCCAUGUAGAAGCAGGGGCAACUUCUGAGACUCAGACCAAGGUUGAUCUGUUUGCCUCUCAACCUGCCUCAUCUUCUGCAGUUUCUUCAUCAAUUGACUUUUUUGCUGCUCCUGACCCAAUUGCACUACCGGAGAAAAAUUCUUCAAAAUCUGACAUGAUGAAUACUAAUGCUGCUGAUCCCUUUGCUAUAGUUUCUCUGAACAAUUUUGAUGGAUCUGAUAUUUUUGGCACAUUCACUUCUAAAACUGAUUCAGUAUCUACAGAGGCCAAGGAGAAACCUAAUGGAAGCCAUAACAACUUGAAUGAAAAGUCUUCAGCCGAGUCUGAGCCUCCACCCAAGAAGGAUCCUUUCCAAGUGAAAUCUGGAAUAUGGGCAGAUUCUCUGAGCCGUGGACUGAUUGAUCUUAAUAUAGCUGCUCCCAAUAAGGUAUCUCUUGCAGACGUUGGCAUCGUAGGCCUGAGUGAUGGCUCGGAUGAGAGGGAGAAGGUACCCCCAACUUCAUUUUACAUGGGGAGAGCCAUGGGUACCGGGUCCGGUCUUGGUGCAUCUGGGUUUACAUCAUCAUCGGGAAAUGUAGGAGAUGACAUGUUCUCAACCAUCGGCAGCCAACAAUAUCAAUUUGAUAGCUUCAAAAAAUAAUAUUCCUUUAUCAAUUCUUUUUCAUCGUAUUGAGUGUUUGGCUCAAAAUCUGAAGAGCAUUCGAGAAUUGGUGUGUCUAUAUUAUUAUACAUCAUAAUGAUUUGGUGAUAA